AUGAGGAUCCUGGUCUCAAUUCUGGGACACAGGAGUGAAGACCCCAUGAGCAAUGAUGAGAUGGCCCGCUUCUUCUUGGAAGGCUUGCAGGAACUUCGCGACAGUUGGGUCUCCUUCGACCUCCUGGAGCCUUUUGACUGUGAUGGAUGGUCAAUCUUGACCCUCAAGGGAGACCAGGCUGCUACGAGCAUCAAUGGUGCAUUGAGGAACAGACUCAUUGCCAAGAAGGUGCAGCUGGACAACCUCACAUUCAGAAGGAGCCAGGGACAACCUCAGGCCCUACCUGAGCAAACCAGGGUGAUCUAUGAAGAGCUCAGAUCAGAUGACGAGGACCAGGAUGGUGAGCCCCACAGGCUUUUUCCAGUCGCAGGUGGCAGUGUUUGGAUUUACCUCCAGCCCUCUGAGAGGACCAAUGAUGCCAUCAAACAAGUGGCUGAGUUCUUGGCUAUCCCUCCCCUGGACCUUGCACUGGUGAAGAUGUCUGAACCAACCCAGGAGACCGAGAACUGGAUCAUUGCAGGUGAAGUGCCGACCAGACAUGAUGUGGCCCUGCUACUUGUGGAUACUGCACUACCAGAGGCCCACUGGUUGCCAUCCCAGCUGCACUGGCAUAGCCUCAGGAUGACAUGGAGCCCCCACCACAGUGGAGCACCAGAUGUGAUUACUUUGAAUGGCAAGACGGUGCCAACAUGGCCAGUUAACAUUUCCUCAGGAGACCUCUUGGUUGUUCGAUGGGAUGGCCACUCGGAGGCGGAGAAUGCCAAGGACCUGGAUAUCUUCCGGAAGCUUGAUGGCCGACCAGAACCACCAGCAUCGCCUCCUCGAGAAGAUGAAGAGAGCAGUCCAGGAGGCCUGGAUGACGACGACCACCAAGACCCUCCUGAUGACGGUGACGAUGCAGACCGAGCUCAUGGAGAAUCUGAGGACCCAGAUGAUGGAGAUCACAACCCGGUGCCAUCCUCCAUUGCCUCCACACUCCCGGCAACAAUCCCGUUUGAGGCGCUGUCUCCGUUGACACCGCCCAGGAUGCAUGACUCACUGGAACCAGAGAACAUGGAGUUUGGCCAAGACCGGCCAGGUGGCUUGUGCAACCAGAUGAAGUACAAGCGGGAGAUGGAGAUGAACUUGCAGGAGAACAUUCCUCCUACAAUCAACUAUGGCCCUGCCAGAUCCACGAUGAUGAGGAAUGCCAUCUAUUUGGAAUUUCAAGGUCAGUUCCUCCCAUGUGCAAAUGCGGACCCUCGUACUUUGGAACAGGUGGUCCAGGAUGAAUGGGGAGUGCCACCUGGAUCACUCUUCUUCAUUGUCCAGGGCAAGCCCAUCGCUGGUUCUUCUGCAUGCAGUAGGAUUUCGAUUGGUGCCGUUGCGCACGCCCGGAUCCGGGUCCGAGGUGGCACGCAUGGGAUGAUGGCAAAGCUCAAGGGCCUGCUCAAGCAAAAAGGUGUGCCAGAGAACCUCUUAGACGAGAGAGUGGAAAAAAUCAAAAAGCAAAUAGGAGAACGAGGCAUCCGCGAUGCUUACUCUAGUUUCGAUCCAUGGACACAACUGAAAGCAUCAUGCUCCACACGUUUGGUGAAAGAGGCUGAAAGCCGAAACAAACCAAAAGCGAAGGGCCUGCAGCCUGAUGAUGACCCUCUCCAAUACAAUGACCCGUGGACUGCAGCACUGCAAGAAAGGUCACAAUGGACAUUGGAGCCCAGCUUCUUCAGAACUGAAGGGGGGGGCCACCCUGUAGCCCUCACGAAAGUGACCCAUGGUGCGACGGGCAUCGCUUUGGUGACAGAACGUGAAGCAGAACUGCUACUUCAAAACCAAGAUGUUAUGUCCAAGGAAGAGCUCGCCGCCCUCGUUGUCGGCACACACAUGCAGCUCAAGGGCAAGUUCCCCAUCCAGGAGGUUGAGAUUCCAUGCCGUAACCAGGAGGACCGACGAAUCUUGAUCAAGGCCCAGAUGAUCAACUUGGGUGCCAAAAAGAUUUCGCUUUAUGGUGAGGAUGCCAAGAUCAAGGUGGAUGAACUGGAUGGAAUCAUUCUGGCAGCGGAGGUGCUCAGGAAGGAGGCAACCUUUGCGGCAUGGGGAAAGAAGUUCUUCUUGCAGGGAAGGCAGACACAGGAUGCAAAGAAUGCAGACUCAUGUUUCAUUCUUCUGCGAAUCAAGCGAGACUUCCGGGAUGCAACCCUCAGAACGAUGGCGACUGGUAUUUAUGUGGCACCGAGGAGUGCGGACAACAAGGCGGACCCCUCCUUCAAGGUCAUUUGGUUCGCUGACAGACCUGUGUCUGAACUAUCAGUCCUUGCCAAUGCAGAGCCCCAAGCCUUUGGAAUCGUCCGAAGUAAAACUGGAUAUGGCAUCAGAGUCAAGGUGGAUGACUUCACACGACUCAAGCAGAAGUGGCAGCCGAAUUGGCAGCCACUCGCGGACACCCCCUAUCACCUCGCCAUGAACCGGUACUACGACGUCCAAAACCUGCCACUCAGCUGCUCCAAAGUGGAGGUCCAGAAGUUCCUCAACCAGAUCCACUGGAAAAGCCUGGCAAUCAGGCAAGUCCAGCCAAGAACUUGGCUGGUUGGAGCGGAGGAUGAACCCCCGAGCCAUGUCCAUCUGGCCGACCACGGGACCAUCCUCAUCACCGAGAAGUCCCCCAAGGGUGCACCAGGGACCUUCUCUGGCCAAACGCCUACGAGCUCGACCCGACCGAUGCAACUGGAGCCAGACCAGAAUGGUGUUGCUGAGCUGGAAGACCGGCUUCAGAAAAGGAUGGAGCAGUUGCAUGCCGAACAAAAGUCCGCGCACGCCAUCCUCAAGGAGGACUUCCGAGCCUUCCAGGAAACGGUCCAGGCCCAGAAUGCUAAGCAGGAAGUGGUCAAUGACAAGCUACAACAAGGCCUCAGUGACAUUUCGUCAACUAUUGCUUCGCAGCUCAACCAGCAUGCUGCGACGAUCACGAAUGCCCUCCUUCAGAGCAGACAAGAAAUCAACAGUGACCUCAAGACGGCCCAGAUUUCUCUGAAGGAAGAGUUGAUGGGUGAAGUUAAGGACCAGAUGUCCCAGCUCCGCAAGCGAACACCCUCUCCACAGCGCAGUGGAGCAGCAGAGGAGCCCAAGAAGCAGAAGGCAAGCAACCCCGGACCGAUGACGAUUGCUGCCCUGAACACCCAAUCCCUCAAUGCCUUCAUUGAUGAUGGGCGGAUGUGUGGCAACCCCCACGAUGUUGUGGUUUUUUCGGAAACAGCAGCGACCAUGUUUGUCCAGCAGAAAGCCACGAAGAUGGCACACUCCAAAGGCAAGCACUUGGCAUGCAGUAAACCAGUUGGAAAAAGGGGCUUCAUUGACAACCGAGAUUGCAACACCAAAGGUCAAGCGAGUGGCACGGCCAUCCUAUCUGUAGUGCCUCUCAGGCCACCCUUUCAACAUUGGGCCAAGGACAGCUGGGAAACGAGCCGUGUGGUGGACUCGCUCUUGGUACACCAACAUGGCUAUAUCCUUGUGGUUGCGAUCUAUGGAUACCACCAUGGACUACAGGAUGCAGAUUUUCACAAUGAGGCACUCCUGCGUGAGGCGGUACAGAGGACGAUGGCAUAUGAUUGCCCUGCCCUCAUUGUUGGAGAUUUGAACUGCAAAGUACAAGACCUUGCAGUCUGGCAAAGCAUGGUAGAUAAUGGUUGGAAUGAUGCUGCAUUAGUCCAGCAAGACAGAGAUGGCCAGGAACCACAGAUGACUUUCAAAGAGAUCUCAAGAAUUGAUUACAUUCUUUUCAAUGACAAGGCCCUUCCUGCCUUCAGGUCCUUCGCUGUGUCCACCCAAGCUGAGACCGAUCACAAGACUGUGGUGGCGGAAUUUGACUGGUCAGCCCUCCCUGUUUCCAGAAGGGUACUCAGGACACCAGCGAAUAUUGAUGCACUGCAGCUGGACAAGCAAGGACUUCGGGAUGCCUAUCUGCCCGCAGCCAACAAAUAUGCACUUCAGACCGCCUUGGCCCAACAAGACCCCCAAUUGGCCUGGGAUGCAUUCUGUGCGGCUUACGAAGCCACCCUGGACUACUUUUUUCUGGAAGAUGAGACUGUCCAUUUUGGGACAAGGUUCAAGGGACGUGGCAAGAUUCUGUUCCGCACGGAGAAGGUUGACCGUCCUAUCCGGAGAGCAAGAAAAGGUGAGUUUGACCCGUCUGGAGAUGAGGUCACCCUGACCCUCAGGCAGAGGAUCCGACAGAUUCGAAGACUGGAGUUGUAUAUUUCACAAAGGAGCAAGCUGGAUGAAGUGACGACUGGAACUGACCAAUGGAACAAAAUCCACUCUGCCAUGCUUGCAACCUGGACUGCCAUUGUUCGAUCGUCAGGAUUCCCUGGGUCUUUUGCUACCUGGUGGUUCCAAGAAGUCGGCCCUGCUUUUCCACUUCAUCCACCUGAUACGCGUGAUGCUAGGUGGAUGUUUGAGAUCGUGCGUGAACAGGAAGUUCAAUGGAGACGUUGGCCAGAGGCGAUUACCCAUGCAAGGAUGGCAUUGUUGAACAAAUCAGAUGUGGUGGGCGAUAUCUCAACGACAAGACCCAUUACUAUCCUGGCUACUGUCUAUCGCUUGUGGGGGAAAAUCAUGACGAAGAAAAUGCUGGGCCACAUUUUGCCACACCUCCCCACUAGCCUUUUUGGAUCGGUGCCUGGUCGAUGUCCCGCUGAUAUGACUGCAGCUGUGCAGAUACAAAUGGAGGAAUCCCUGUUGAUGAAGACUGAUCUUGCUGGGGUGUCUCUUGAUUUUUCCAAGGCUUACAACACUUUACCCAGGCCUAUAUUGGAAUGUAUUAACAGAAGACUUGGCAUGGAUGAAUCUUGGGCCCCUUAUCACUCGUUCCUUGGAUCUCUCAAGCGACACUUCACUUGUGCUCAAACUUGGGGACCAGAGAUUUCGUCGCAAGUUGGAGUGCCAGAAGGAUGCCCUAUCGCUGUUGUGCAAAUGAUGCUGAUAACUUGGUUAUUCACGGCCUUUAUAUUCUCCAGAACUUCAGUACAGAUUUACUCAUAUGUGGACGAUUGGAUGAUGUUGACCAAGCAACCUGCUCAGCUGAUCUCAGCGAUCCAACUGGUGGACACACUUGCCAGAAAGACGGGACUCAUUCUGUCGUUGCCCAAAGCGCAUGUUUUCUCGCUCCAGACCAAGACGGCCAGGGCUUUACGUGGAAACUUGGUACACAAAGGUAUAUCCAUUGGUCUUGCCAGAAACUUCCAGAGCCUGGGCAUCAACCUCCAGACCACUCACAAGAUUACAGUGGCACAAAGGAACCAAAGGUGGAACAAGGCCAAGACCCUCCUCAAUCGCCUACAAUACAUGCCUUGGGACGUGAAGCGAAAAACAGCUGCUCACAAGGGGGAUAUUCCCACUGAUAUUCUUUGGUGUUCAGUGCUGGCCUACUGGAAAGGGACGAUGUAUGAACCUAUGUUCCUCGUGGCGAUGAGCCGGUUCAAAGCUUUCUUGCGCCUCUUUUCCCAGCACCAGGAGGCAACCAAACUUGUGUGGAAACAAUCAGUGGAACACAAGGCCUACUUCAAGAACAAGACAAAAGGGGCGGUUGGUAUCUUUCAGAAUCAGCUACAUGAUCUUGACCGGGCCCUUCUUGCUGAUGGCACAUGCCAGACGAAAGAUGGUUGGUCCUUCUGCAUUUGGAGCAUUACGACGUCCCAGUUUCAGAAAAGACUGAUAGCAUCUUGGGAGGACAACCUUUUGAGCCACUUGCAACAAAAGCAGUAUUUGGUGGACUUGGCGUCCUUUUCUAUGAUGAGAUCACAGGUACCCAGACACCGGGAUGUCAUGUUGGAAGGGUUCAUCAACAAGAUGCGUCUUGGAGGGCUGUUUCCUAACAGGCGAAAACACAAAGUCCAUGCUGACAAUGACGAACAUUGUGUGUUCUGUGGGGAAAUUGAUACCAUGGUUCAUCGUGUCUACUGUUGCCCUGGAACUCAACACUUGAGAUCAGGAGAUGUUUGGGACCACGUCAAGGAUCUGCCUCUUUGCCAGCUUUUUGGUGCACUCUACCCCAAACUUGAUAAGGUUGAUGAGUUCAAGAAACUCCUUGGACAGGUGCAACACGAUGAUUUUCAGGUCUGUACGGACGAGUCUGAGGUAUCCUUUUUCACAGAUGGGUCGGCUCUGGACAACGAGAAUGAUGCACUUCGUGUAUGUUCAUGGGCAGUAACAAAGGCUGUGGACGAUCGCCCUACCAAUCUGGAAUUGGCGAAAGGUAUUCUUCCGGGUGACCAACAAUCUGUUUUCCGUGCUGAGUUGUAUGCUGUUAACACUGCCAUCUCCCUUGCCCCGAGAUGCCACAUCUACUGUGACAAUUCUGCCGUUGUGACUAUCCUUCUGCACCUGCUUGCGAAUGGGUUUAUAAGGAAACAUUGGAUCUGCCACCCUGACAGGGAUCUUAUUACUACGAUGGCUAAUCUGCUCUCACACAAAGCUCCUGGGUCAGUUCGUGUCACGUGGGUCAAGGCUCAUAGAGACUUUGCUAGCGCCACCUCGCCAAAGGACCUCUGGAGGAUUCACCACAACUCCAAAGCAGAUCAAUCCGCCAAGGAUGCUCUUGGUCUUAUUCCUGCCCCUAUCAAACGUAUCCGCUGUGAAAUCCGAAAACUCCUUGAUCAAGAUGCCACUACAAGGUCCAACGCUGCUCUUUUCAUGAGAUCGAUGAUGGAUGAGUUCUGA